AUGGCAAUCCCCCGUUUUGCUCCCGCCCAACUAUUCCACCUCCUCACCACAAAAUCCCCUCAACCCCCAACCUUCAACCCUCAAACGAUGCAAGUAUCCCGCACAUUCUACCGCGCAGCGCUCCUAAACCUCACCGUCACUCCAUUCGUCCGCGCCACCCUCCCAGCAAGCACAAGCAUCUGGGCACACCACCCGCGACUACACAGCAUCCUCUUCCCACAGUGCACACCCACACUCAAAACCCCAGAUUCCAAUUUCAAUACCACACAAACCCGCACAAUGAGCGACUCCUCAGCUCCCGCGGCCGCAAAGCCAGACGCGCAAGCACAAGCGCAAAACCAAGACGAAUCAAACCAAGAAGAAUCCCCCAAACAACCCCUCUAUCUCCCUGCCAGCGAUCCGUCAAACCCGGUCAACGGAGACAACAUUAAAUUCGAUAUGAGCGGCGGCGGGACGACCGUGAAGCUGGACCAUCUUGGGCCGAUGGUUGUUAAUGUUGAUGGGACUUUGUCGCAGAUUGGGAAUUGGAAGCAGAUGUCCGAUAUUGAGAGGGAGAAUACGCUACGGGUUCUUGGGAAGAGGAAUCAGAAGAGGUUGGAGGCUUUGAGGGCUAAGGAGAAUGAGGCUGGGGGUGAGGGGUCGGCUUGA